AAUGAGACAUGAGUGUCGCGUUUCGUAAAUAAUUAUGUAACACGAGGGCAGAACGUACGACGAGGAAGACACCAUCCAUUCAACGUCAGAAGAAUUGAAUUACUCUCGGAAGAGAAACGUAAACUAACGUAACGCGCUUUUCACGAAAUCAUCCACGAUCCCUUUACGCCCAAGUGCUACAGUGUGACUAAACAAUAUCGUGAAAGUGUAUUUUGAAUUGUUAGUGCGAUUUCAACAAUGUCUUCUAGUUUACGCGAUCUUCUCCCAAAGUUAAAACAUUCUAAUGUUCGAAUACGUUUUUGAUCGAACGUAUCACCACCAUGGACCCGCGGAGAAUGUCCAAUUGGAACGUCCUGAACGUGGAGGUGGCUCUUCAGCAGCGCAAUAACUUCGACGAAGAGAACGGCGAGACUCUGAGACGACCGAACACGACUAUAGAGAAGCUCCCGGACAAGGUGAUCCUCAACAUCUUCAGCUACCUGUCCCACCGUGAGAUCUGCAGGGUGGCACGUGUCUGCAAAAGGUGGCGACAGAUCGCCUACGACACGCGCUUAUGGAAACACGUAUCCCUGCGGCCGGAGAUCAGCGGAUUGCACGUAAACUCGUUGGACAAUCUGCUGCAUUUGAUCAGCACGAGGUUCGGAGCAUCGUUGAGGUACAUCGAGCUACCGAUCGAACUGAUCACCCACACGGUUCUCCACGAGCUGGCGAACAAGUGUCCGAACCUGACCCACAUGCUGCUCGAUUUCUCCACCGCCAUGCAGCUGCACGAUUUCUCGGAGAUGCAGGCUUUCCCCACAAAGCUGAAGUACAUGUGCAUCUGUCUAUCGGAGGUGAUCUUCAUGGAGGGCUUCAUGAGAAAGAUCUACAACUUCAUCAACGGUUUGGAGAUCCUCCAUCUCAUAGGGACCUACGAGAAGGUGGAGGAGGAAGAGGAGGAGAUCUACGAAGUCAUAAACGUUCACAAACUGAAGUCAGCGACCCCAAAUCUGAGGGUGAUCAAUCUCUACGGGAUCAACUUCGUGGACGACUCUCACAUCGACGCGUUCUCCUCGAAUUGCAUCCAGCUCGAGUGCCUGGCCGUGAAUUUCUGCUCGAAGGUCACCGGCUCGACGAUGAAGAUCCUGUUUCAGAGGAGCAGACGGCUCAAGUGUCUUCUCAUGCAAGGAACAAAUCUUCAAAGCGAUUACGUGAUGCAAGUCGAGUGGGAGAAGUCCAGUGUACAAGAGCUGGACGUCACAGCCACGGACCUGUCCACGGAGUGUCUGAUCGAUAUGCUAUCCAGGAUCCCAGGGCUCCGUUUCCUCAGCGCUGGCCAGCUGAACGGCUUCAACGACAGCGUGCUGAAGGCCUGGGCGGAGAUGGGGAACCCCCGGAACCUGAUCGCCCUGGACCUGGACAGUUCGGACAAUUUAACGGACGAUGGUCUGCACAAGUUUCUGUCGAGAUACGGCCAUCAGUUGUGGGGACUCGCGCUGUCCGGGAUGCCACACAUCACCGAUCAGCUGUGGCAAAGCGUCCUACCGAUACUGACCAACGCCAAGAUCCUCGUGAUGGGUACGCAAGAGAGACUUGGCGUCAACAUCCACGUGGAUCAGCUGAUGGACGGGAUCGCGAACAACUGCCCCAACUUGGAACGAUUGGAGCUGCGUUGGGACCCGGAGAACUUGCGGUUCUCCGACAAAAGUCAAAAGGCUAUAGACAUACUACGCGUGAAGUGCAUAAAGUUGCGAUGCCUGAGCUUGAGCGACGGGAGGUACUACGAGAUCGUAAAAGCGAAUUUCGAGCGAGCGGACAGACUCACUGUGGUUCGAACGUCCACGUGCUGCAGAGUAUCGAACUACUACCUGUUGGCCAAUUACAAGGAUCUGAUCUUCAACUAACGGAACCUUCUGCCAACUACUUGUAUAUACGAAUUUUCCACACGAUCGACCAAUAUCACCGAGACGAAUAAAUACAUUAACGAGAUACUGGAAACGUGACCAUCUUCGAUAUAUGUAUUCCUAGUAUUACGAAAUACCAGAUAUAUAUUUUUAUACGCCAUUUUUGAAAGCUGAGAUCUACGAUGAAAUUAUGUUCGAACGAAAUGGAGUGCGAUUCAAAUUC